CAUGCGCGGUGGCGGCGCCGCUCACUGCCCUUCCCCCCACCCGCCGGCCGCCAUGUCCCAGGUGCAGGCUCGCUUCCACACCCACAGCAACAGAUAUGAAAUCGAUGACAUACCGUUCUCUGUGCCAGCCGAUUCUGAAAUAGUUGAACUCAGCAAUGUUAUUAACAAGCUACUGGAGGCAAAAAAUGACAAUCAUAAACAUGUGGAGUUUGACUUUCUCGUCAAGGGCCAAUUCCUGCGGUUACCACUGGGAAAGCACAUGGAACUGGAAAGCAUCUCAACGGAAGAGGUAGUUGAGAUAGAGUACGUGGAGAGGUAUGCUGCUCCUCAACCAGAAGAGUGCAUAUUCCAUGAUGACUGGGUCAGUGCUGUGGAGGCGGAAGGAGAAUGGAUUCUCACGGGUUCAUACGAUAAAACGGCCCGGAUUUGGUCUGUGGAUGGCCGGCCACUCAUGGCUGUUGCUGGGCACAAUGAAGUAGUAAAAGACGUAGCUUGGAUCAAGAAAGAUGGAACCUCCAAUUUGCUACUCAGUGCCUCCCAGGACCAGACCAUUAUUAUGUGGGAAUGGAAUUGUGAAAAGAAUAAACUAAAAGCCUUGCAUUCCUGUCGCGGACAUGCUGGGAGCGUUGAUUCAAUCUCUGUGGAUGGUACGAGGACCAAAUUUUGCAGUGGCUCCUGGGACAAGAUGAUAAAGAUUUGGUCAGCAGUUCCUAGUGAAGAGGAAGAAAUGAUAGAGGAAACCGAGUGCAGACCGAGGAAAAAACAGAAGAUUGACCAACCAGGCUUAACAAGAACUCCUAAAAUGACAAUGUCAGGCCACAGUGAGGCUGUUUCUUCUGUCUUGUGGUCUGAUACUGAUGAGGUCUGCAGUGCCUCGUGGGAUCACACAAUACGGAUCUGGGAUGCUGAGACAGGGGUCCAUAAAUCCACACUGACUGGAAAUAAGGUGUUCGAUUGCCUUGCUUACUCCCCAUUGUGCAAAAGGCUGGUCUCAGGCAGCACAGACAGACACAUUCGACUGUGGGAUCCGCGCUCAAAAGAUGGAUCCCUAGUACUACUCACUAUGACUUCACACAAUGGAUGGGUGACGGCAGUCAAAUGGUCACCCACCCACGAGCAUCAGUUGAUUUCAGGUUCUUUUGACAAACUGGUGAAGCUCUGGGACACAAGAAGUUGCAAGGCUCCUCUAUUUGACGUGAAUGCACACGAAGACAGAGUACUCUGUGUAGACUGGACAGAGACAGGGUUGCUGCUAAGUGGUGGAGCCGACAACAAACUAUUCUCAUUCAAGUACUUGACUCCCAGCUCUGGGGAAGGAGCCUGAUUGAUGGGGAUAGAAGCCUCUUUUCUCAACACACCAUCGGGUGCAACAAAACAUUUGAUUGGACAUUCUUGCCUUCCAUUCUUUUCUAAACCACCUCACAAAUAGAAUCCAUUUGCCCUCGAUGACUGUUCUGACUCCAGCUCUUAUUCUGUCUACAGACAUUCAAGUGUUUUGUUUUUUCGUGUGUGAUUAGUACUGAGACAAAAAAGUAUCUUCCCAAAUAGAGGUACUGGGAUCACUACAUGUACUCCAGCGGAAGGUUUAGGGGUAAGAUGUCCUCUAUAAAACAACAGAGGUCAUAGCAACAACAAUUGACAUUUAUAUAGUGCGUUUCAUGGCGGGAGAACUUCUCAAAAAGCUUCACCUGACUGAAAGAGAGCCUGAACCUUGUAAAACUGAGGCAAAGCUGUUGAAUGCAAACCAGAGGGUUCUAAAAUGUUUCCGUGUUUACAAUCUAAUAUUAAUUAACACUUUAAAUUGGCACAGA